AUGUUAGUCUCACAUCAAUUCCAUGGCAGCCAGUUAGACCUGGAGGUGCUCCCGGAGAAGAAGUGCCGAAUUAACGGCUUCAAAACCACGAGCGUGAGUGAGUUCUCCACCGUUCACGAAACAAUGCAGGCCGAAGUUCAGGUGGUGAGAGAUGACAACGGGAUCGUUGUCGAGGUCCAGGAGGGAACUCCCAUCUGCUGGGACGACAUCGGUCUACCGCUUGAAUGCAUGCUUGACGACGAAACCUGGACUCAAGUCGGUUUCCUCGAGUCAGUUACGAAAGUGGUGGAAGACGACGCAGAAUUGGAUGAAGAGGAGGAAGAAGAGAAAACUGAAACGCCAUCCCAUUCGUGUGACAAUAUUUCCAACCUGAGAUUCUUGAUGUUCGACAGCUACGAAAUUGGAAAAAUGCUUGACGAGCAUGCCAUCGAUGUGCUGUUGGCGACGAGGAAGUGCUUCUCGCGAGAUUCAGUACCUUCCAUCAUGACUCAUUGA